AUGGCCUCCCACCGCCCGUACGAAUCCAAGCUAGGGAUCAUAACUGGAGGAUCUCGAGGCAUCGGCGCCGCCGUAGCCCAAAGACUAGCCGCCAAAGGCUGCAAUCUCCUGCUGGUCUAUACAUCCGAUUCCUCCACUCAGCCAACCGCAACACUCUGCGAGCAACUUACUUCAACCCACCAAAUCCACUGCACGUCAGUCCAAGCAGAUCUCGCAAAUCCCGCCGAAGCAUGCAAUUCGAUUCUGGAAGCAGCCAAAACUCUCUUCCAAAGGUACAAGCCCGAAGCAGAGUUCCAAAUCGACAUUCUCAUCAACAAUGCCGGCGUAUCCUCGAAUCAGCACUUAAACGACCCCCAACAAGGGCCCAUCGACACCACCGAGUUCGACCGCGUCUACCGUGUAAAUGUUGUGGCACCAUUACUCCUCACCCAGGCCAUCGCACCAUAUCUGCCCCAAGACCGCUCCGGCCGCAUCGUCACCGUCUCCAGCGUGUCCUCUUCAAUCGGGUACCAAGGGCAAUCCGUGUACGCCGGUAGCAAAGCCGCCGUGGAAGCCAUGACCCGCGUGUGGAGUCGAGAAUUGGCGGAGCGGGCUACCGUUAAUGCGGUGAAUCCUGGUCCGGCCUGGGGAGAUAUGUAUGAGAAGGCUGGGCAGACGUUUUGGGAUAUUAAUCAGCCGUAUGUGGAUACGGCGCCGUUGGCGAGUUACUAUGGGGAGAAGGAGGUGUUGGCGAUGGCCGGGUCGGAGGCGGAUAAGUUUGAUCGGGUGGUGAGGGAGGGAAUGAAGGGUCGACGGCCGGGUUUUACGAGUGAGAUUGCCGGGACGAUUGAUAUGCUUUGCUCGAGUGAGGGUGGGUGGACGACUGGCAGUGUUAUUUGUGCGAAUGGAGGGAUGAAGAUGUCGAUUGCAUAG